ACGGACAUAAUAUCACUCAAGCGACGCAUGAUCAGGUUGUAUCCAUCAUCCGACAGUCAGGCGAUCUGGUUACCAUGACAGUGGUAACUGACAACAAUCCACCUGAAACAAGACGCUCCUUCAACCAACGGGAGAGCGCUACAGUCCCACGCAGAAUGUCUUUUAAAAAAGCACCAACACCGCCUAAACGAGACCCAGGGACCACCUUAUCAUUUGGCAGAGCACGAGCAAGAUCCAUGGUAACAGGACUGGCAGAUAUUGAUUCCCUGGAGGAUCCUCUUCAAGAUUUGUACUUCGAAGCAAGAUCAGCGAAAAAGGUUUUUUUUGUGCCAGGCGAGGAUGGUGAGAAUCGACCAUCAACUGAACAAGAAAACCUUGAACUCAAACAAGAUACGAAUUCCAGUAUUAAAGCUUCCGAAAAAGAAACUGUAACUUCUGAAAUAACUAAGGAACUAGAGUCAAUGCUCCAUCAAAACUGCCUUUUGCUGCUUGGCAAGAAGUCUCGUAGUUGGCCAGAACUGACAAAGACAUUUAAAAGCCCAAUUCGGGAUAAAAUAUUUUUUUUAAUAAACGAAGUCAAAGCUAUGGGAAUCUUCAUUCGUUAGGUACUAAAGGUCACGUUUCUUCUUGGGCUUGUCCUCCGCAUAGCUAUAAAAAU